UACAAAAUUCCACAAAAGCAAUCAGCGGUGGCAGGGUGUAUUGCGAUGACUCACUAACCUCUAUCAAACGACACGGUACACCCAUUAAGAAAGGAAACCACCCAUUACCUGAACUUGGGGACGUGCAGUCUCUUUGUCGUUUCUGUCUGCAUCGCCACGAUAUAAUCACUGUGAUCUCCAUAACAACUCUCCCACAACAGCUGUGCUGGGUAUUCCCAGUCUCAAAAUAGAGUGUCGUCAUAUUUUAUGACGUCACGUUCAAACAGCGUUAUAAUAUUAUUCCACACAAAGGACGAGUGCUGCUCGACGAAGGGUUAAGCACACCUUGAUUACUGACAAGUUGGGAGUUCCGUUCUUUGGGUGAUCAAGAAAUCCCCGAUUCUGCCAGUAUGGACAGGCGAAUUGUAUUCCUCGGCCGAACUGGUUCUGGUAAGAGUAUGACGGGAAAUAACAUCCUCCAAAAACAAGUCUUUGCUUCAAGCUCUUGUGGGUUAUCGGUGACAAAGCAAUGUCAAAGAGGAACUGCCAGGAGGAAUGGAGUAAACAUCGAAUUAGUUGACAGUCCGGGGUUAUUUGAUACAGGAAUGAGUAAUGAAAUUGUUACUAAAGAAAUCGUCAAAUGCAUUGCCAUGACAGCCCCUGGCCCCCAUGCUUUUGUGAUGGUUCUGCGCAUCGAUCGUUUCACCAAAGAAGAACAAAACACCGUGGAACAUUUUAAGGAUGUCUUUGGUGGGGAAAUGCUGAAACACCUCCUGGUCCUUUUCACUAGAAAGGAUGAUCUCAUUGCUGAUGGUAAGUCGAUCGAAGAUUUCAUUCACGCAUCACCAGAACCGCUGACAGAGCUUCUAAACUCUUGCAAUAAUCGUUAUAUUGCUUUCAACAACAGGGGUUCGGAGGCGGAAAAAGAUCGGGACGUUCAAAACUUCCUGAGUCUGGUGGACAGGACUGUUAGAGAAAAUGGCAACACAUAUUACACCAAUGAAAUGUACGAGGAAGCUGAACGGGCUAUGAAGAGGAGAGAGGAGCAACUUAAGAAGGAGCACCAGGAAGAUAUGGACAGGGAAAGAAGACAGAUAGAAGAUGAAUGUCGAGAGAAGCUACGAGAAACGAACAAGAACGCAGACGAGGUGGUGCAAACUCUACAAGCACAAAUCGCAGAACUGGAAAAGGCAAAGCAAAACGAAAGCGAAUCACAGAGUGUUAUAAAGGAACUGCAAGGUGAAUUAAAGGAGGUGACACAAUUGCUGGCUGAUGUGAAGAAGGAUGCCGAGGAACAGAAAGCUAAAGCAGAGAAAGACGCUGCUGAAAGAACACUCAAAUGUCAGUCCGUGACGCCAGAUUUCAGAGAACAGGCAAAGCAGGAAGUUAACAAAAACCAAGAGAGGGCCAUGGCUGUUUUGAAGUUCUUAGGAGAGACUGUGUUCCAAACAGUUUGCAGAGCAAUAGGUGAUGCUGUUGCUAAGGGUUUGGGAGAUGUAAUAGGGGCUAGAUUUCAAAAGGCAACUGACAAAAUCAAGAUAAAAGAAGAAAACCCCAACACAGCUGGUGUCAAAAAAGGCGAAAAGGCAAAUUCCAAAACGGAAAAGAAGGCGAGUGAUAAGGAGAAAAAGAAAUAGAUGCGAUGGAUUACAUGGCAAGUUGUGUGAAAGAAGAAGUGAUGUUUUACCGGACUGAAGAAACUAAACGUAUCUCGUGUCCAGUAAGGAGUUUGAAUCUUUACCAGUAAGAGCAAAUUAUUCCAUCAACCCUGCUUUUUUUACUUGACAUAAUAUUUACUGACGCAGUAAGGAAGAUGGGAUGUGUUCUUCGCCGAAUACAAAAUUAUUUCUGAAUUGCCAUGCCAUAUUAUUUACAGUCUAUGGACCGCCUCCGUGGUGUAGUGGUUAGAGCGUCCGCCCGAAGAGCGGAAGGUCGCGGGUUCUAUCCCCGACUGCGUCAUACCAAAAGACGUUAAAAUAGGGUACUUGUGAUCCGUAUCGUGUUUCAUCCUGCAAUAAAUUAUUAGUUAACACUUACUGAUUUAAAAAUUAUACUUAAUUGUGAAUAAACACAUGUUCUCUUUUUA